AGUGCAAACUCAACCUAGCUCCCGGAUCGUGAGUGAUUUUUUCAGAUUCCUUUCGUACAUAAAAUCACGAAAAUUCCCUAGAAAACACCGAAAAAUCGCGACAACACAAACAGAAGAAUAAUUAAUUCCACUGCUCUUAUUGUAGUCCGAGCUUUUGCUUUUUUGUUGUUCAACGUAAUCGUGAGGAAUUCGGAAAAUCAUACGAAUGUGUUCGAAGUGUAAUAGGGACACACGUGGAUAGAAUUUGCUGAUAAAUCUAUCCUGGUAUAAAUCUGCAUAUCGUGAACGACGUAGUGGUUAUCGACCGAUUCAGACUCCACGGAAACUCGGUGAUUAUCGUACAUCACGAGCUCUCGAUUUUCAGUUGGGAAACUGGACACAAACAUGUCGAAAUGAAACGGUUAAACUGACGAGUGACUGGAGUUGACUUUCGGUGUCAGUUUACUAAAGGACAAUAGAGAAUAAAUAACUGCAGUUUUCGGUAUUUUCCAAGUGCUAUUUUUAUAAACAAAAAAGGCACGUGCGUGUGCGGUGUUAUUUCAUUGAAGCAAAUGCGUCCACGCGAUCCUGGAGAUACUGAUAACAUCGUUGGUGAAGUGAGACUGGAACACGGGGGGUGUUGAAAGGCCAAAUUUUGUUUUCAGCCUUUUUUCUUUGGUUGGGCGUUAACAAAUAUGCGGGCAUCGUUGAUUUUAAUCAGUGGAAUUAUUGUACUGUCGCUGGCCGUUGCAAGAGCUUUGUCUUGUGUGUGUUCGCCAUUAGAAUGUGAUGUUUUGACUGAGGAGGAUUGCCCGGGUGGUCUCACUUGGGAUCCGUGCAGAUGCUGCAAAGUUUGUGCGCGUGUCGAGGGUGAGCCUUGCGGCGGAUUGUUUGGAUUUUCUGGUAGUUGUGCGGUUGGCCUCCAGUGUGUCAUUAAGAAUCUUUGCCCACCGGAGGUAUUGGACGAGGGAACAUGCUCAAAGAUACCUGGCAGAUGGCGACGACAUUGUCCACAUGGGCGGAAAAUGUCAGGAGCAGGGUGCAAUUUAAUUGGCGAGGGAACGUCAAGUGAAAGUGGAAAGAGGGAAAACAAUGGGAAAUGCGUGUGCGGUCCUUCAGUACCAUGGUGUCCUGAUGAAGCACAUCCUUAUACAUUUAAAACUAGGCAUGAGUGCAAGCUUAAUCUUGCCGCCAAGACUGCAUACGAUAACCUCAUCAGUGCGUCCGACUCAUAUUCCAUGGAGGGAGUUCGUGGUAUAAUCUGUCCAGAAGACAGCAUAGUAACGGAGAAUGGUGAAUGCAAAUGCAUAUCAGCAUGUCCACCGAAUAAAUGCACGCAGGGCGAACGGCCUGUUCAAGUGAGGGCUGCAUCACCCGAUGUACCAGGCAGCUGUUGCCCUAUCUACAACUGCAUUCCCUUAGAAACAGUAUCAUGGGAUGAUACAGAUGACAGUGAGUUACCAAAGGAUUGUGUUGAUCACAAUGGUGUACCCCGAGCAAUAGGCGAUCGUUGGGAUCAAAAUCCCUGCGUUAAUUGUACCUGUGAGGAAUCGAAUGGGAAAGGAAGUGUUUCAUGCCACGCAACAAUGUGUAAAAGCUGUGAACAUGCAGUACCAGUGAUGCCUGGUGAAUGUUGUCCACGUUGCCACGAUGGAACGAAUGACACGAGUGCAAUUACAACCAGCGACGCAACUACGACUACGACAGUACCGCUUGUCGUGCCAAUAUCAAACUGUCAAUCACUCGAAGAUUGUGAACUGCCCUGUCACCUUGGCGCUGAGAACGACGACGGAUGUCCCAUUUGCCAAUGUCCGAGUGUCACUCAGAGUACUACGGGACUAGAUCCAACGGACAAAAUUUGCCCGGAGCUACCGCACUGUGGUCUCAAUUGUGAGCUCGUGAAGGACCAGGGUGGUUGUCCUGUUUGCGCUUGUGAGGAUAGCAUUGAAUCAGACGUUUCUGUUAUACCUCAAAAUGUACCACUGCCAAAUGAAGAGGAAGAUGACAGUAGUAUCGUAUGCCCUGAGCUUAAAUGUGAUCUUCAUUGUGACCGAGGUCUCAUCAUGGAUGAGAAUGACUGCACAGUGUGUCAAUGUAAACCACAUGCAACUGGAUGUCCAAUAAUCAGUGCAUGCAAGAAAAAAUGCCCCUAUGGAUAUAAACUCAAUAGACGUGGAUGUCUGACUUGUCGUUGUCGGGCGACUUGCACGGAUCAUCAAAAUGAAAUACAUCUCGAGGGCUCUUCUUGGCAGCCUGAUGUUUGUACAUCGUGCACUUGCGAUACAUUGAGGGGCCUGACAUGCAAGGAAACAGUUUGCUCUGUUGCAUGCGCAAAUCCAUUGCCACCAAAGCUUGGCACCUGCUGCCCGGUUUGUCCGAUAAAUGAGACUUCAACCAAGAAUGAACAGCAGGUGUCACGAAGUUGGGGGAUUAUUCCAAUAACGCUAAUAGCUGUUCUAACGUUACUCGUCAUUCUCCUAAUGAUCUACGUUGUACGCGGAAGAUUUCGAGGGCGCCUAUCGCCGUCAACAACGAUCUACUCAUCGUAUCCGGCUCAGUAUUACAAAUGCGUGCCGGCAUAUGAUACACCGGUACAUCGAGGUGAAAAAAUUGUGCCCCUUUAAAAAAAGUAUAAUCAUCCCUUUAUGUUUUCCCAUUGUAAAAAUUUAUUAAAAAGAAAAAUGGAGUUUGUGAACGGAACUACAUCUUCUCCCGCUGUUCAGCACUGAGAAAUUAUUUUAAUUAAAGUAGCCAUUAAAAUUUCUUCCUCUACUCUCAUCCAAUUUUCCAUAAAACCUCCGCUUCUUUCGUAGCGAUAAAAAAAUCUUUAAGUGAUAGAAGUUAGUUGAAUAUAUUGAUCUCUAGACCACUAUGGAUUUCUUCUAUUCAUUUUUGUUUUAUUAUUAUUUUCUUUCCUUCAGUGGAUGUUGAGACGAGUGAUACACUCAGAGAGAUUUGAAGUAUUAGAAUGUUUUAUUUCGCCAUAUCCAGAAAAGUGAUAGAUAACUAUUCGUCAUUUUUCUUAAAGUUAAUAACAUACUCAAGAGUCAUGAUGAGUUUGUUAGUGUAAUAAAAUCAGACUUUAUUGUUUACUUUUUAUUAGGUUUAACCACUAGCUGUGUUAUUAGACUGUUUUUCCUCGUCAAACUUAUUUAAGAACUUUUGAUUUUUUUUUUAUUAUGAACAAAUAAGGAUAAGAAUAAACGGUUAACCCUGAUCUAAUAUUUAUAACUGAUGAAGUUGUUGGAUUUAAAUUGUGAGAAAAUGAGGAGGAAUGUGAAGAAUCGUUGAAAUACAAUUAUUGUAAAUAUUCUUCAUGCUUCAUCGACGCUUUCGAGACUGCGCAAAUAAUCAGAAAAAAAAAUUAUCAUGUUCAGUGGGAUAUAUUUUCAUUUUUUUUUCGGUGGAGAUUGAUUUUGCAAUUUUUUAAAUGCAUAAAUAAAAAGGAGGAAUUCAAAUUUAAUUCAAUGAUAUGAGAAAAAAACUAUCUACACAUAUCCAUGUAUCUAAAUACACACGUAGAUAUCAUUGUCCUUUUUAAAUUAAUAUAUAUUUUUUCAAUGUGACAUCGUCAAACCUCUAAUUCAUGUAAACGAAUAAUGAAAAUAAAAUGAUUUAGUGUUCUAGGGAUUUAAACUUAAUAUAUAGACGUAAUUAUAGUAAUAAAAUUACGAUAAAAACACAAACCAUAUACACAUGCAGUAUAAAUAUAUUUAUUGUCAAUAUAACAUAGGAUUAAAUUUCGUACGUGUACCUUGGAGACAAUAUUUAUAAAACAAAUAUUUGGAUUAAAGGAUAUUGAAAAAAAUGCCAUGAAAAUAAAUUUUUUUUUUCGAAUGGAAAUGAAAAAACUAAUAAUUCAUGAAAAAUAUAAAAAUUCUGAUAAAGUUGUAAUGAUAAAAGUGGAAGAUGAGUUAGUCAUAAAGAAUUAGCGUUGCUUUCUUCAUCAAUGAACAAAUCACGUUUCGCUAUCCUCUCAGUUGUGGAGAGUUUUGUUAGUCGUCAUUGAGAGAUGAAAUAAUAAUCAUUAUCUAAUAUGAGAAGUCAUUCUGAAUUUUCGAGUGUCCUGGAAUUUGGUAGAAAAGUAAUAGAACUGGUCAAGUCAAUGAAUCCGAGUAAUUCCAAAAUCAUUUUACUCAUGAAUGGCCUGGGAAAGUGAGCUCAACUGUUUCACUCAGAUUAAUCCAAUUUUCCCAUAAAAUUAUGUUCUUAUUAGAUUAAUGGAUAUUGGGAUGGAAAUCCGUCACGGAAAUGAACAUCAUUUGAUUGUUUUGCACUGCAUGUUCAUUCCCAGAGUCCAAAAAAUUAUUAUUGCUAUCCCGAACCGCAAUACUAAAUAGAGUUCUCAACAAAUAAUUAUGAGAACAAUUUUUUGCUUUAAUGGCUUCAACGAAUGGAUCUUCGAUUGCCUCACUUUGCUCGACUCUUCCUGAUUAAUUAGUCAUUCCCAGGAAUAUUGAAAUCACCUCAUCACGGUUCACCACUUGAACGUAAUUAAGUUGGACUUGACCUGUUUUAUCCCUUCGAUACCGAAUGAAUGAAAACAAAAUUCAACACUAUCAUUGAGAACAUACAUUCAUAUCAAUGUAACGUAUCAAGUAAAUCAAUGAGAAAUUACUAAAACCAAUAAUUAACGCGUUACGAAUAACUAUUGUAUGUUAAAAAACUGAAGACUCAAUAAAAAUUGUUGAUACGCAAAA